AUGGAUUCUACACCAUCACUCCCAACUCAAGCCCCGGAAAUAUACGACCUCCUCCUCCUCAUCGACGCAACCUACAACACAGGUCCCACACUCAACUCCCUCUCCAUCACCCUCCCGCAUCUCCUCACCCUCACCACCGUCACAACCUCCUUCUCCCGUCUCAGCAUCCUCGCCUACCGCGCCUACUUCCCCCCCACACUCAUCCUCUCCUUUUCCGGCUGGAAAGACCCCUCCUCCCCCACCGCCCGAGCAGAACUCACGCACUUCGCGCAGACCCUGCAUCCAGACGGCGGCGGCGACGAGCCGGAAGCGAUGAAAACGGCGCUGGCGAGGGCGUAUGAGGUUAUGCGGCCAGAGGCCACGACGCUCGUGUUGUUGUAUAUGGAUGCGCCGCCGCAUACGCGGGAGAAUGCCAGGAGGAUUUGGGGGGCGAAGAGUAAUUAUGAGGUUGAGCAGAAGGUGUUGUUGGAGUCUGGGUCUUUUGGGGGAAGGGGGCAUUUGUUUGCGGAUUGGGUUUGUGGUGCGAGGGUUCUGGCGGGACGGGCGAAGGUGGUUUGUUUGUUGGAGGGUAGACAUAUGGCGGGGAGAUUGGGGGAUUAUUAUACGUUUUUGUCGGCGGUGACGGGGGGUGCGUGUUUUUAUCUUACGAGUUCGAGGGCUGGUGAUAUUUCGGAGAUGACGGUGAGGUUGUUGUUGGAGUGGAUGGGUGUUGAGAUAGGGGGUUGGGAAGAUGGGGGGAUUGGUGCGAAGUUGGCGAGGUUUAAGGAUUUGAGUGUACUGGAGAAAAUUGAGAAGGAAGAGAGUCUUGAGGGGAGUUCACAGGGAAGUGGAGUGGAGAACUUCAAGGUUGAUUUGGCGAUCCUCAAGAAGUAUAUGCCUCCAACCAAACAAAUGAAACAGCUAAUCGAAGACGAUAUCUCCACAAUAUCUCUGAACCCGGGUUUUGGAAGUCUAUGGAGAGCAAUCUGCAGCGACCGCGACAACGACGCACGAGGAGACCUUACCACCGCAUUCCGCAAGUCUAUCGAGAAAAUCAAGAACAUUGAAAAGAAGGUAAGGAUGAAGAUUUGGUUAGAAGAGUCUUAUGACUUCACUGUCGAUAUCCAGGAGGCUAUUGAAAGCGUGGGAGAAGAUCAACAGUUCCCGUGUGUCUACCUCGACCUAAUAUCAUCUUUCCCCCAACCAUCCGAAUCACACGCCAACAGCAGUCCAAUCCACCAAUUCCAACGAAGCGAACUCCUCGAAAUCAAGCGAUCCUGCGAUGCCCAAGUCCUCAAACGACUAGGUAGCAUCCUAACACGAUUUUCAUUCGCCAAAACACCACAAGACCUCCCCUCCAACACCAAAUCCGUCCCAAUCCAACGCAUCCCUCUUGCACUCGUCCAACCCACCUACGACCGCAAAUUCUGGAAAAUCUCACUCCAUCUGAUAGUCCCCGGAACCAUACUCCCAGCUCAUCCCGCAGUCUUACUCGCCGCGCUCGCGCUCACCAGAGGAAUCAACCCACUGUUCCUCGCCGCCGAAACCGAAAUUCUCGCAUGGAAAAAUCCCUGGCACACCCUCAAACCACGAGACAUAUAUAAUAUAAACCAUUUAAAUCUCCUCCUCCCCGCCGACGCAGCAUAUACAACCCACGACCUCAACUCGCCUCCAAACCCUCACCUCGAGACCUUACUAAAACCCUCAGCUCGCUCGCUUUUCUGGCUCUUCAUCUCCUACAAAACGCUCGAGCAGAACUUACACACCCCAUUAACAACCGCCAUAAGCUGGACGCCUGAGAAGGCGACGGUGGCUUUAGGACCGCUGGUGACGUGCAUAUCCUGCCGUUUCCCACGGUCCGUUACUGUUAUGGGCGCAAAAGGUAAAUGUGGAAACUGCAUAGCAGACUAUCAAGCCCCCGAGGAUCGAGCGAGGUGUAUUCGCUCGUGUGUAAGUCGGAAUGAUACACCUGCGACGGAAGCAACGUGGGUAGAAUGUCGAAUGCGGAUGUGUCGGGCGCAGUAUGUGGUGUAUAACCCGCAAGCUCUUGGUGUUUCGGCGAAGUGUUAUUAUUGUCGGAAAGGCGGUGGAGCGCCUUGCGUUGAGUGUCGGCGGUGUUUGAGUAAGAUCAUAUAUCCCGUUGACUAUCAUCCAGAGGACAUCUCGAAUUUCACUUGUCCUGCGUGUUUGGCGGGUCGGAGAACGAUUGUUGAGGUUGAGACGAGUGUGCAGGAGUUGAAUGUGCAGAAUGGGAUGGAUUGGCUGAUUAAGGACGGAGAUAACAAGCUAUCAGAUCUCCUAAGUGGCGUCUCAAUAGGCAAACAACUCGAAUCAGCAAAAUCAUCCAAGGUUUGCGAAAAGACAAGCUUCUUCCGAAGCCCUUCGACAACAAAUCUCACUCUAGACGGAAAACCAGUACAGAAUAUCCCUCAACUGAUCACUAAACUCAAAAACCUCGUUCUUACCCGUACACACACACCCUCCGGCUAUGACCCUCAGGCCUCACUCCUCGACCCACCAUGA